GCCUAGCAUUUCUUGAGCAAGCACGCUAAUAUUGAUGUAAAAAGAAAAUCAUCCCCUUAUAUGUGAAUAACUUGCGAGGACACGUUACAAAAAAAUGAAUUCAUCGGAAUCGCAGCAAGAUUUACUUUCGAACGAGGCGAGAUCGUUUUCAGUGCAUUCGUUACAGACGCCUAUUGACUAUAUUCUUGGCCCAGUCGAGAAGCAUUUCCUGCUCAGCGCAGAACGAGGUGAUUGUGCUACUGUCAAAAGAUUAAUUGAGGAGAACAAGGAUCAUCCCGAAAUAUUAAAUAUUAAUUGCGUCGAUCCACUAAAUCGAUCAGCACUGAUAGCCGCUAUCGAAAAUGAGAACAUCGAGCUCAUUAAGCUGCUGCUUGAAUUAGGAAUCGAAGUAAAGGAUGCACUCCUGCAUGCUAUUAAAGAGGAAUAUGUAGAAGCAGUGGAGAUCUUGCUAGAAUGGGAGGAACAAGUACACAAGCUAGGGCAACCUUACAGUUGGGAAGCUGUAGAUUCGUCGUCAAAUUUCACACCUGAUAUAACACCAUUGAUCUUGGCAGCUCAUAAAAAUAAUUAUGAAAUAUUGAAACUACUUUUAGAUCGCGGUGCCACUCUUCCAACACCUCACAAUGCUAGAUGCGGUUGCGAUGAAUGCGUCAGUUCUAGUGAACAAGAUUCUCUUCGACAUUCGCAAUCUCGAAUAAAUGCGUAUCGCGCUCUUACCUCAUCAUCUUUAAUCGCGCUUUCAUCAAAAGACCCACUUUUGACGGCCUUCGAGCUUUCAUGGGAACUUCGUCGUCUCAGCAGAAUGGAGCAAGAAUUUCGUGCCCAAUACAACGAAAUGCGGGAACAGACGCAACAAUUUUCAACUGCUCUACUAGAUCACGCACGUACAUCUUACGAAUUAGAAAUAAUGUUGAAUUAUAACCCAACUGGAGAAAAUUGGGACCCUGGGGAGAGACAGACCUUGGACCGACUCAAACUAGCUAUUAAAUAUAAACAGAAGCAAUUUGUCUCCCACCCAAAUGUACAACAAUUAUUGGCUGCUAUUUGGUAUGACGGUCUUCCAGGAUUCAGGAGAAAAAGCAUGAUAGCACAAUUUCUGGAAGUUAUUAAACUCGGGGCAAUGUUUCCGGUUUACAGCACUAUUUAUAUGAUAGCACCUACUUCGCAAAUGGGAUUAUUUAUGAAGAAGCCAUUUGUCAAAUUCAUAUGUCAUUCCGCAUCAUACGCUAUUUUCCUAAUGCUUCUUGGUAUGGCAUCCCAAAGAAUUGAAUAUCUUUUAAUCGAAUUAUUUGGAAACAAAUGGAUGCGAGAGAUACUUGCUGACUGGAAAAAACGAGAACGCGGUUGUAUUCCUGGUUUCGUCGAAACAGGCGUGAUCAUCUAUGUGAUAAGCUUGAUUGUUGGCGAAAUUAAGUCUUUAUGGGCGGACGGAUUGAUUGAAUAUAUAUCGGAUCUAUGGAAUAUUGUUGAUUUUAUUCAAAAUACUUUUUAUGUAAUUUGGAUAAGUUUACGUAUUGCGGCAUGGUGGAUAGUUCAGAGAGAAUAUUGGAGUGGUUUAGAUCCUUGGUAUCCGAGAGAUCAAUGGGACGCAUUCGAUCCAAUGCUUCUUUCGGAAGGAGCAUUUGCAGCAGGAAUGAUUUUCAGCUUUUUAAAACUCGUUCAUAUAUUCAGCGUAAAUCCUCAUCUCGGGCCACUCCAAAUUUCCCUCGGGAGAAUGAUAAUAGACAUUAUCAAGUUCUUUUUCAUCUACACCCUCGUACUAUUUGCCUUUGGCUGCGGUAUGAAUCAAUUGAUGUGGUAUUACGCAGAUUUAGAAAAAAGGAAAUGUUAUCAUAUGUCUGACGAGGUACCGGAUUUUGAUAAUCAGGAGAAAGCUUGUUCCAUAUGGAGAAGAUUCGCUAACUUGUUUGAAACAUCGCAGUCUCUUUUCUGGGCAAGUUUUGGCAUGAUCGAUUUGAUGUCGUUCGAUCUAACGGGGAUUAAAAGUUUUACACGAUUCUGGGCACUCCUUAUGUUUGGUUCUUAUUCCGUGAUAAACGUCAUAGUGCUGUUGAAUAUGCUGAUCGCUAUGAUGUCUAAUUCUUAUCAAAUGAUUUCGGAAAGAUCUGACACAGAAUGGAAAUUCGCUAGGAGCCAUUUGUGGAUGAGUUACUUCGAGGAUGGUGAUACUGUACCACCACCAUUUAAUAUGAUCCCGACGAGUAAAACUUUUAAAAAGCUACUAAAAUAUGGAAGAGGCGGUCGUUCCACAAGAUCUUUUAUCAAAAAGUCUCGAGAGAAAGCUAUGAUCAGACAUGACACUGUAUUGCGUUUGCUUAUACGUCGUUAUGUGACAGCUGAACAAAGGAAACGAGAUGAAUUUAAUAUCACGGAAGAUGAUGUCAGAGAAAUUCGACAGGAUAUUUCAACAUUUCGAUAUGAACUGAUUGAUAUCCUUAGAAAAAACGGAAUGCAUGCACCGCAACUUGACAAAGAAGAAACAACCAUACCCGGCAAGAAGGGCAAAGUUAUGGAACGUCGUCUGCAGAAGGACUUUCAGAUUGGUAUCGUAGAAGGCAUCAUACAAGCUGUUAUUCAAAGUGAAAAGGAACCGAAGGAUGUGUUUAGUCAAAUCGCAAAAGUUAUUGGACGGAAAGGAAGUAGUAGCAAUAAAAAAGAUUGGAAUGCCGUAGUAAAACAAAGUACCAUCGCAAUGGAUCCAAUAGGAAGUACAAACGAGGCGGUGCAACGUCAAACCAGACGCAGUUUACGUCGUCAUCUGCAACAUCAACCCAAUUCUGAUUUAGCAUCUAUGGAUCCGAAUCGAUUGAUUGAUUAUAAUCCGAAUCUUUCGGGAGUUACACCGACAACCAGAAUAGCCUAUGCCAAAUUUAUGAUGAGCAAAAAUAAAUCAAACGAGCAAUCUGACGAUAUAAAUGCUUCUCCGAAUGUAAACCAGGAAAAUGUCGAAGCUCUUCAAAAAAGCACGAUAAUAUUGAAAUCUGUGAACAGCAGUAGUGUGAACAAAGCAGAAAAGACACUUGACCUUAAAAUCACUGAAAUCAGGUCUCCUUCGCCCAUACUUGAAGAUCCUAUAGAAGAGGAAGUUAGCAAGCAGUCAACAUCUUUAGAAAUGUUUGAUAAGGAGAAGAAAAUUAAAGAAAAGGAUAAUUACAAAAAGGGAAGUUUGCAAGAACAAAAGAAAGAUGGAGAGACAAGUGAGGCAGAAAAGUUAGAAGAGCAAAGGACAGAGAAAAAAGAAAAAAGUGAAGAGGAGCAGUCCGGAGAUAUAGAGAAGAAUAACAGCAAGAAGACCGCGGAAAAGAUAUCGGAAACAAAUAAAGGAAAUGAAAAAGAGGAAAAUAUUGAAUCUGAUACGAUGAAAUCAGUAGUCGCACCUAUUCAAACUACACAAUUACGAGGAAAGUCAAAAGCAACGGGUAAAAUAAUGGGGGGUUGGAUCUGAAUUCAUAAAAUAUCGAACUGAACUUUAAUGUUUUUUUUUCAAAAUUUAUUUUAUAUUAUUUGUUUGUAUACAUAAUGUGUUUGCGCACGCAUAUUGAGCGUUAAUUAUAUUUUAUCUUUAUCUAAAUAAUAAAUAAAAUAAAGUCUUGAAAUACGCCAUUCGAUAUAAAAAAAAAUAACUCGUGAGUGCUUAGCAUAAUUCUGGAAAAAUUACUGGAUGUAGAUCACUGGAAAUGGAUUUGUUUCAUUCGCAAUGUAAGCGCAAUUUCAUAAUCAAUAUUCUCUAUAAUACGAGUUAUCUCUACUCGUAUAUCUGUGUUCGCAGAAUAUAUUAUUUUUAUUA